AUGCCCAUCGAAGUCCAGCCGAUUGUUGCAGCCGAUCUCCGGCGUUGCGCCGAGAUUGAGCAGCGGGCGUUCGAGGAGAGCCCAUCAUUCAAGAUCCUGUUUCCCGGACCCCAAGCGGAUGAUUACUUGGGAAUCCGAGCCAGCGGCCUGGAGAAGGAGCUUCGGGAGGACCCAACCGUGCGCAUGCUGAAGGUGGUGGACACAGAUCUCGAGGGCGAUGAAGCGAUCAUCGCCUGGUCCAAGUUCAACAGUUAUCCGGAUGGGCUGCCGGUGCCGAAACCACGUGUGCUCAGUCAAGGCAUGAACACGGAGGCGUGCACGAUGCUGUUUGUCGGUAUGGAUAAGAUGCGGGAGCGUUUGAUGGCAGGCAAGCCGUGUGUCUACUUGCAUAUCCUGGUGACGGAUCCCAAGCACCAGAGACGGGGUGCUGGGCUGCAGUUGAUGACUCCGCUGAUGCAGGAAGCUGUCCGGUUGGGCGUACCGGCGUUUUUGGAAUCAUCCAACCCGGGCCACCGACUGUACCAAAAGGCGGGCUUCCAUGAUGUCGAAGAGCACCGGGUAGACUUCAGCAAGUUCGGAGCUGAGCAUCCUCACUUGAACUGGGCCAUGCUUUGGGAACUUCCCAGUCGGCGGUGUCCGUGA